ACGUAUCCAGUCACUAGAAGGCAACAGCAACUUGCAAAACACCGUCCCCGUGGCGUUAUUGAACUAGCUUACCUAAGUGCAUUGUUAGAGCGCCGCGAUGACAGUUACAGUUCCAAGAGAUUCAAUGUAGUCAAAACCUUUCUCGAAAACGCAGUAUCUGUUGUUCCACUUGAAAGCCUUUUCUACGCAAUUGCUAAGGGUAAGCCUGAUGUAAUGUUGCAGUGUUGUGAAAUACUUUGUGGUGAUGCUAUUCCAACAACAUCCCAGCCUUCGAAGUCUCUUCUCACUGGAAUGAAAGCUGCCUUAUUACGUGUUCGUGGUUACCAGGGUGUCAUUAAGAGUUCGCGUGGUCGUUCUUCUGGAGAAAUAUAUUCUCUGCUCUCACACAACAUGCGACAUGAAAGUGUUAGAAAUUUCAGUAAAUUCGUCACAUUAACAAAUUUUUAUUCCAAAAAGAUGGCCAUGGAAGAACGAUCAAUUCCUCAAUUGCAAUCGCACGAGUGUAACCAAUUGCUUAAUGAGGCCAUUUCUCGCAUUCUUGCAUUUUUGGGGAAAUACAAGGAAAGUGGUGAUCGACAUUCGGUGUGCAACCUUGAUUUAGAAGUUAUUUAUCCCUCAACCGAAGACCAAAAAACACCUGUACGUAAGAUGACGUGUUGCAAAGCGCCCAUCACUUUGCUUACAGAGGGCAAGAACAAACUAGCCCAAUUUAGCGAGGAAUUAAUUGCAGAACCUUCUGGUCUUACAGAAGAAAGUGUGACUUCAAAGACAAAUCGCAGGAUGCUUACACUUUUAACUCACUUGCGCAAUGAGUUUGAGACGUGUAGCACUCUUCUUGGAGCGUUUAUGGAAUCUCAAGUACACAUUCCACUUGAAAAAGCAGGUGAUAAUUAUGUCAAUAAAAUUGCCAAGCAUGCAAAUUCUUUCGGUUUAUCUGUAUGGGCGCUGCUGAUUCUACCUUUUGAAUAUCUUGGCCACAUGGUUGGGAAUUUGUCUGAAGAGUUCAGGCAGUUCUUUAUCGACUUUUCCCAUCCUAGCAAUGGUGCUGGCGAAUUCGGGCUACCUUUUUCGGAAAACCAGGUUCCUUACGAUGUGAAACUGGAGUUUCUUGUAGGGAGCAUGAAGCAGAGCUGGACCUGUAACCAGAACUACGUCAGCUACUCCCUUGAAAGACAACUGCAAGACCAGUGCAAGAAACGAAACAUAUUUCACGACACACCUGUUCAUGAAAUACUCGCUGAGUGGAAUAGUAAUUUUGAAGAUGAGAUGUUGACGUUUGUACCCAACCAAUACCGUCUUUUGGUUGCGAGGUGGAUAAAGUGGUCACUGAUGAUCAACAAUUUGCGAGAAAGCUUGGCCAGUGAAACCGCCAUUGGGGUAAUUGGGCUUGUUAAUUCUGGGAAGUCAAAGUUUGUCAGAUCCAUGUUUGGAAAGGAG